UAGCUAAGCGCCUCAGCGGGCCAGCGGGCCCAGCGCACGAGCGGAGAUGCCAACUGCGCAUGCGCGGCACGCCGGGGCAGCGAGCGUUUUUACGGAGAGAGUCGCUCACCCGCUCAUUUCGUCUCCUCAGCGAAGUGCGCCCAGCGGACGAGCGGACGAGCGUUUUCAAGAUGGCAGCCCCCAACACAAGCGGCGGCGGCAUGUCUUCGGCGGCACCUCCAAGCGCGGCGCAGGUUCGGCUGCAGGCGAAAAGGCCCCGGCGCUGUUUCACUACCGAAGAAGACCUAGCCAUUUUAAGAGAAGUGGCAGCGAGCAAGCCAUUUAACGACGACUUGCAGUGGAUUCAUGUGAUCGAAAACUUGAAAGGUGUGCUUGGCCGGGAGCUCACGCUAAGAAGCCUGAAGGACCGUGUCGAUCUUUUAAUCGGUUACUGGAGGCAAGAAGAUACAAAAAACUUAAGAAAGUCGGGAACGGAGGAACAAUAUGCAGAGAAGGAGCAAAUAUUACAGGACCUCUCUGAUUAUAUAAGGUCGAUAAAUUACGUGCCCAGAGUAGCACCUAGAAGUUCAAACAGCUGUGGCCGCAAAAGAAGUCACGCUGCUGCGUCCUGUCUGGCGACGCCGCCAGAACAAGUUCGUGCAGAUGAAGAUCAAGGACAACAAGCUACACAACUCCUGCUCUCAAUGACCGCGCCGUGCAGUCCCGCUGCUGUUGAACUCACUGGAGAGCAGUGCCACGAGGAGGAGGAAGAACAGCAACACCAGCAGCAGCAUCAGCAACGACAACAACAACAGCAGCAGCAGCAACAACAACAGCAGCAGCAACAACAACAGCAGCAACAACAACAGCAGCAGCAGCAGCAACAAGAGCAGCUGCAGCUGCAGCGGCAGCCACAACCGCCGCCUGCAGCUAGGCAACGAGUUCCUGUGACGGCGAGUAGAGGAAUCAGAGGCCUCCAAAGCAUGGGCUUACAGUUGUUGACUAUGCGUCAAACGCAUGAAUUCGAGCUCCGACAAAAGGAACUUCAAGUCGAAGCCAGAAAAUUGGACAUUGAAGAGAGACGGCUAGCUCUGGAGGAGCGCAAGCUGGCGCUUGCCGAAAGAAAGCACGAACAUGAGGUGACAAGUCGCCAGCAGGAACAGCUGGACUUUAUUAAGCGUGUGGAACAGAUGUUUGACAAACUCAGCCAAGAGGUGACAGACCUAUCAACAAGAAUGUCUGGAAAUAGGUGAAUAAUAAAAAAGUGGUUUGUUGCACACUUUAUUCUUUUAAUAAGCAAAGGUAUUCACCAGUGCC